UCAAGAUGCAUUUCAAAGCUAUCGUGUUCUUUGUUUUUUUAGUUAUGGCGAUCGCUGAGAGACCUAAAAUCGGUCUUCGGAUGCCGCCUAUUUUCCCACUUUUUACUCACUCGAUCUCAUCACAAGUGGUUGGAGGUGAAGAAGCAGAAGUAGGAAGUUAUCCGUUCAUAGUUUCCCUCCAAAUAUUCUCCCAACACUUUUGCGCUGGAUCCAUCUUGAAUGAAAAAUGGAUUAUAACUGCAGGGCAUUGUAUUAACAGCAUUCCUAUUUUAAGCAUUCUUCGCAUCAAGGCUGGAAAGUACAAUCUUCAACUUAUAGAGAACACCGAACAGACAGUUAAAGUGGUGAAAGCUUACGUACAUAAAAAUUAUAAAGGUGGUGUAGGUCCAUAUGAUAUUGGUUUACUUAAGCUUGCAUCUCCAUUGAAGUUGAACAAUAAUGUACAAGCCAUCGAAUUAGCACCUCCAGAAAGUGAACCAACUGGAAAGGCAUGGCUUUGUGGAUGGGGCUCUAUCUCGACUACCAAUUAUCCAAUAAUGCCAAAUAAACUUCAGCAUGUUCAGAUAGAGUACAUCAAUCGCACUAUUUGCCAUGAAUCCGUCAAACGUCUCACGGGAUCUUCCCCCAUUCAUGAAACUAAUGUCUGUACUGGGCCGCUGCACAAUAAAAUCUCAGCAUGCAGUGGUGACUCCGGUGGUCCAUUAAUUUCGCAUAACGGAAAAAAAUCGGUGCUUACUGGAAUUGUGUCUUGGGGUAUUUUGCCAUGUGGUACUUUAGGCGCGCCCUCCGUAUAUACAAGGGUAUCUAAAUUCAAUGACUGGAUUGCACAGAAAAUUAAUUCAAAUUUCAGUUAUGUUUAACGGCAAUAUUGAUAAUGUAUA